UGUAUAGUGAUGUACUACAAUCUUUUCUACAUGAUGGAAGACAAUGGUGACUUAAAUCCUGAGGAUCCGAUUCAACUUUUCUGUUUACAUUUUGUGUUUCUUUGCAGAAUCAAUCUCUCACUGGCACAGUUUUGUGAUGCUUGGAAUAAGCAUCCAAUGGAGUCAGAACACAGUCUCUCCCCAGAACAAUUGUGGAUCACUGGCACUGCCCAAUUCCAUGGUGAAAUAACGUGUCUUCAGGAGUCUGCUGAGUCUUUUGGGGUUGACCUGGAUGGACCUCUGUCAUUGGAAACUGACUGUGAACCCGAUUGUGUUGAAGUCCCUUGUGUCACCAACCCCCUCCAACAAGGAGAUUACUUGGAGUUAAAAGCAACUGUUGAUCCUACCAAACCUUGUGAAGAUUUUGGUUACACUUACUACAUGAACACACUGUCAUUUGUUAAUUCAAAGAUUGCCAAUGCAUUGUAAUUUUGAUUAAUGAGAUUAUUUGAAACUACUGUA